GCUGUGCCAGGGGAGCCGUCGCUGCUCACUCCAUCCAGAGAGAGCAAGAGACCCGGACACUUUGGCAACAGGGCAAGCACCUGGCUGGGGAACCAUGUCCAACAACAUGGCCAAGAUCGCCGAGGCCCGCAAGACGGUGGAGCAGCUCAAGCUGGAGGUGAACAUCGACCGCAUGAAGGUGUCAAAGGCGGCGGCAGAUUUGCUGGCCUAUUGUGAGGCGCACGCCAAAGAGGACCCGCUGGUGACCCCGGUGCCCUCCUCGGAGAACCCCUUCCGUGAAAAGCGGCUCUUCUGCAUUGUGCUGUGAGCCCUGCGGCCAGCGACUCAGCGCACCGCCUCCCCUCGAGUGCCGCUCCAGAGUGGCACCGCUAGCUUUAGCGUAGGGGAGCGGAGAGUGGGUCAGAGACUGGCAGGGGGGAGACACUGGGGCUGCACACCCCA